AUGACCAUGUCAACCAACGCCGAGCGCGCUGUCCGGAUUUUGGUUAUCAACCCCAAUACCUCCACCCAUAUGACAGAUGGCCUCAAGCCAAUAUUGGAGCGCCUCAACUACUCCGAUGUACAAUUCGAAUACUUCACGGCGCCGAAUGAACCGGUUACGGUUGACGGACGCACCUACGAACCCAUCUCCAGCAUCAACUCCGGGGAAGAAUCGGCCCAAUCGGCCCUCAACUGCUGGUCAGUCUUGGACCGAAUCUCGCAAUAUGAUGCAUUCCUUGUGGCAUGCUACUCGGCUCACCCAUUAGUUGGUGUAUUGCGAAAGCAUAUUCGGGACUUUGAGAAUACCCACCCCUCAAGUCGCAAGAAGUAUGUGACCGGCAUUUUCGAGGCGAGUGUCACUGCCUCGCUAUCAUUGAUCAGCGCCUUCGACUUUGUGACUAUGGGAGAGCUGGAUAAGAAAGAAGUUGAAGAAUCAUUCGGAAUCGUGACCACUGGCAGUGCCUGGAAGGCGGAGCUUACCAAGGCGGUUACGCAGACGCUCGGCACCGGCCACGGCUCUUCUCGUUUCGCGGGUGUUGAGACCACUGGAUUGACGGCCGGCCAGCUCCACACAACACCACCUGAGGCAGUGAAGCAGAGAAUCAUUGAUGCUACUCAGAAGCUCCUUCGGGAGUCAGCAGUUCCCGUUGGUGCUAUUUGCAUGGGAUGUGCAGGCAUGGCAGGAAUGGAAGAGGCCGUGCGAGAGGGAUGCGUACGUGUCUAUGGUGAUAUUAAGGGGCACCAAGUCAGAAUUGUCGAUGGGGUGGUUGCAGGAGCGGGAACACUGGUGAACUCGUGCAAAGCAGGAUUCUGA